CUCCCCCUCCUCUCUCUCCCCCCUCCCCUCUCCUCCCUCCGGUCUCCGGAUCUCCCUUGAUCCCUCUCUCCUCCUCUUCCUCUCCUCUCGGGACCCCAGGCUCCCGCGCACCCCUCCCCUCGGAACCCCUCAGCGUGUAAGUUGCCCGAGGGGCUACCGGACUUGGGGAAGGCGGUGUCUCCUCUCUCGCGUCCCCGCUCCCGUCCUUGCCCCAGACCUUGGGCUGUCUCCCCUUUGUGCCGAGAUUGCCUGUCCCUGCGGUCACAGGCGGGGUGGGCAUGGCUGGCUAUGUCAGGGUUCCAUGAGAGUGGAGACCCGCGCACAGGACUCUCAGACUCCGGAGAGAAGAGACGUGGAGCCGGUCCUCCGUACGCCAGGGUCCCGGGCACAGCCAGUGUGGGAGGCAGGAGCACUCCUCACCUCACCUCAAGGCAAGCAUGGCCACCAUCCCUGAUUGGAAGCUACAGCUGCUAGCCCGGCGCAGGCAGGAGGAGGCGAUUGUUCGUGGCCGGGAGAAGGCUGAGAGGGAGCGGCUGUCCCAGAUGCCAGCCUGGAAGCGGGGGCUCCUGGAGCGCCGCCGGGCCAAACUUGGUCUGUCUCCUGGGGAGUCUAGCCCUGUGCCUGGGACUGCAGAGGCUGUACCUCCAGACCCAGACGAGCCUGCGGUCCUCCUGGAGGCCAUUGGGCCAGUGCACCAGAACCGAUUCAUUCGGCAGGAACGCCAGCAGCGUCAGAGUGGAGAGCUAUCUGCAGAGAGAAGGUCUGGGCCUUCCGAGACCCGGGAGCCGAAACCUAGCGCUGCGGUGAUGCGGGAUCAGAGCCCCAAAGGAACAGCGUCAAGAGAAGAGCACCUUAGUCCCAGGGAGGCCAGAGAGAGGCGGCUGGGAGUAGGGGGAGCCCGAGAGUUCAACCCCAGGGCUUCAGAGGCUCUGGACUGGAGGCAGAGUUCAGGAGAGGCAGGAGACAGGAACUCCAAGCUGUCAGAGGCACAGAAAUGGAAGCUGAGACCCAGAGAAACUCCAGAGCAGAGUUUGAGACUGGCGGAGCCUAGAGAACAAAGCCCCAGGAGAAAAGAGGUGGUGGAAAGUAGACUGAGCCCAACAGAGAUUGAAAAAGAGAAGCUGGACCUGACAGAGGCCCAUAAAUGGGGGUCUGACUCCAGAGAGUCUCAGGAACAGAGUUUAGUACAACUGGAAGCAUCAGAGUGGAGGCUGCGUUCAGGAGAAGAAAGAAAAGACUGCUUUGAGGAAUGUGGGAAAAAAGAAGAGAGGCCAGUUCCAAGGAUGGCCACACAACUGACUUCAGGGUUGUUAGAGACCCUGACGAAGGAGGCUCCAGAUAGCAGCUGUGGAGGAGUGGACACAGCAUAUCAGAGGCCCAACCCUGUGGAGGAUGACGAGAGGAGCUUGAGGCUGACAGAAGGGUGGAAAUGGACCCUGAACUCUGGAAAGGUUCGAGAAUGGACACUUAGGGUGAUAGAGACUCAAACUCAGAAACCAGACCCUCCAGAGUCGGCUGAGAAGCGUCUUGAGCCUCUUGGUACAGAGGCUGGAGAAGGGGAGGUUGAGAAGGGGGCGGGGGAUCAGGGCAGGCCUCUGAGCAACCUACAGAACCGCUGCUCUGUGCCCUCCCCCCUUCCACCAGAGGACGCUGGGACUGAAGGCUCUAGACAGCAGGAAGAGGAAGCCGGGGAACAACGGCCCCCAACAGCAGCCCCUCUGUCUCCACGACCCCCAGCCCCACCUGCCCCCCAGCCCCCUGGGGAUCCCCUCAUGAGUCGUCUGUUCUAUGGGGUGAAAGCAGGGCCAGGGGUGGGGGCCCCACGCCGCAGUGGACACACCUUCACAGUCAAUCCCCGGCGGUCCAUGCCCCCUGCAGCCCCUGCCACCCCGGCCACCCCAGUCACAGCUGAUGCUGCAGUUCCUGGGGCUGGGAAGAAGCGGUACCCGACUGCCGAGGAGAUCUUGGUGCUGGGGGGCUACCUCCGCCUCAGCCGCAGCUGCCUUGUCAAGGGGUCCCCUGAGAGGCACCACAAACAGCUCAAGAUCUCCUUCAGUGAGACAGCACUAGAGACCACGUACCAAUACCCUUCUGAGAGUUCGGUGCUGGAAGAGCUGGGCCCGGAGCCUGAGGCCCCCAGUGCCCCCUGCUCCCCUGCUGCCCAACCCGACGAAGAAGACGAGGAGGAGCUGCAGCCAGAGCUCCAGAGCGGGCUGCACACCAAGGCCCUGAUCGUGGAUGAGUCUUGCCGGAGGUGACCCUCUUCCAACACAAGAAAAUACCUCCUUUCCAGAACUGGACAUCCUGGAGACUGGAAGAUUCAGAGCAGACAGAACCUGAAGAGCCUGGCAGGGAAGGGCAACCAACAUCUUCCAACUUGCUUUCCUCACCCUGUUUCUGGGGGGCAGAGCCAACUGCUCAAUUUCCACCGUCACCUAAGGGUGGGAGUGCAUCAAAUGUGCUAGUGCCUCCUAGGUGAUCCAAGAGUGAGCGCCAAGUCCUGGGGAGGAGCUCACAGUUCAUAGGGGGUGGAGAUGGAGCACUCCCUCCAUCUCCAAGGGCUGGGUACACUCUCCUUACAGCUUUCCUUGACUCCCUACCAUCCCUGUAGUGGCAUCCUAUAGUGUAGCCCCCCUGGGGGCUCUCAGGAUUUAAGCACUCAUCUCUCUGGGAGACUUGGAUCCCACUCCAUUUAUAGGCACUUCUCCCUCCUGUUUUUCUUAGGUCACUGUCCCUUUGUUUACAGCUUCUGUCUCCUCUUGGACCACAGCCUGGUUUACAAACCCUACUAUCUCCUAGCCCCACCUUCCAAAGUUCCAGGUUUACAAGCCACACUUACCUGCUGUGUCCAGGUGGAAUCCUCUCCCCUGUCCUCUGCUGUUGCCUCAUUGGAAGUAGCCUGGGGCUGUGGCUUCCUCCACUUUUGCUCAGUAUUACUGUGCCUCAGUUUUCCCCAAGAGGGAAGGCUGGGAAAUCUUAACUUUGUACCCCCAUCUAGUUAUUUAGUUCUUUCUAGUGGGUCACAGUUGAAUUGAAUUACAAAGGUGUCCAGUGACUAACCGGCACCUCACCUCUCCUCCCCCAUUCCUCCUUCCUUACCAGUUGCCUGUUGUUGUUUUUUUAACUUUCUGUAAUACAAUGGAGCUCUCUCCAACUCUCCCUGAUGCUUCUUUUUCUUUAGAAAAAAAUGUUCUUGUUGGGGGAGGCUCUAGGUUCCUCAUUCCAAGCCUCUCCCAACUUCCUAUUGGCCACUAAGAAGUGGCCAUGGCUGUGGGAGGGAAAACGAUAGGGAUGAACCACACUGACAUGUAGAAAGGACUCUGGAAGACCCCUGCACUGCUUUCUUGAAGGACCAGCAGGAGAAGGACUGGUAAGAGGAAGGACAGGAAGUAACCUCUAUCCUGGGACUGCCAUGAGGGCAGACUAUGUCAGCUGGGUUUACUGAAGCAUCCUUCCCCAUGCCUGGCAUCUAAUAAACACAAAAUUAUUUCUAGAA